CCCGCAUCCAUCAGAUACCCUUUUUGUUUUCAGGCGGCCAUAUGGAGACCCGCUUGAACGACGCGUGCCCGGCCCCGGUGUCGGCUUCUUGCGUCUCAGAAAAGUGCUUUUUAUGAUUUCAUCUGCUUGGUGCGGCGGCAUCUGCAUCGACCGUGUCUCGCAACAUAGAUUUCUUCCAGUUUUCGGUAUCUCAUGGCGGGUUGUUUCCCUUUUUCUUUUUUUCCUUCUCUCUCCGACGUCUCUUCGUCUUCCUUUGUUGCCUGCGUGCGUGCGUCGUGUUUUUGUUUCGCUACGAAAACGGCUUUCUUCUCGGGCUUUGAGUUCUCUCACCGGCGCACCCGCGGCGCGCAGAAGAGGGACCGGGGCUUACCUCGCAGCAUUUGGAGAAACACAUGGGCUUUUUUCUAUUCGGCGGGGACUUGUUUCUUUCGCAUUACGUCUGGGACCGAUGGUGCACGAACACGUAAUGCGAGCGAUAGAGAUGGGAAUUCUUUGCAUUCUGUAUGGCGUUGGCUUGAGGUGUUGUGUCCACAAAAAUUUUCCUCUGCACUGGGGUCCGCGGGGGAUACCAUCGAAUGGGUUUCUGUUUCAUUUGUCGGAUCCGUGGAGGAUGGGAAGCUGCUUUGCCGGCGCUUUUUGUUUUCUUCUUUUUGUGGUGAUCAUCGUCUCAUGUCAGUAGCAGUCUGGGCUCGACGGGAUAUUGCCGAAUGAUGGCCCCUUUUUCUCCUGUUUUGUUUUCACUACCGAGAGACUCCGGGUCUCGAGAAUAGGGAGCUGAAUUAAAAAAACAAAAGUUUGAUUCUGGUUUG